UGAAGCUCUGCUUUUGAUGAAUCGCCUGAGGUGUCCACUAUGUUGAUAUCGCCUCAAUUGCUACCGACGAAUGAAGGGUACAGAGUCAUUGUCUCGAUGUCUGAGAAAGGAUAACAAAGACAAACUAUGAAGCCGUACUGUCGCAAAAAGUGCUUCUCGUCGUGGUCAUGUUCGAAGCGCGGCACCACGAUCAUGGGGCGUAGUACAAGGAAAUAGACAAGUAGAAGAAGCUACGCUAAAACUCAAAGGUGGAGUGGAGCUCGUACUCGCUGUACUGUAAUUGGAGGCAACGAAGUUCGACCGGUCAGACAAAAUGUGGGGCGAAUCUGGUCGUGUUUCAGUACGGUCGCAAGACCGCGACCACGUGUGUACGCAAGAGCUGAUUGGCCUGGACACUCAAAUGUCAGGGCUGGACCGCACUCGCAACGAAGUCGCCUAUCGCCGGGCCGAUGACGAUGGUCUCUCUUCGGCUUUUCAGCCUAGUGGCGGAGCCCUUGCGUCUUCAACGAGUACAGCGGGAGCGAGGUUUUCCGCCUCUUUGCCGCGGGUUGAUGAGGUGGCAGGCGCGGAUUCUGGCACAACCUCUGUGAUGCGUGGUGGAAAUCGAAAUGCAGAACAAGGGUCUACGCGAGGCCUGGAGUUGGGAUUCCUGGACGACCGAGAGCUCGUCGUCGACCCCGGGAUAGCAAACCCGACUAGGAACAGAAGGAAACGAAACAGAAAACCAUGGAAGUCCUGUUGCUACUGUACAUGGCAGUCUUUGUGCGUGACACUAGGCACCUUCGCGCUAAUUUUCACACUGCUCAUCGUCUACGUCGAGUACUACGAAGAAAAUGGCAUUUCUAUGGAUGCACGAGGAGGCACUUCUGGCCGACCCGGAUCUUCGGAUUCUUCAUCUGGCCAUUUGAUGUUGAAACGAGGCGCACGUGCAGAUGCGGCAGGACCUGAUCUACUCUUGUUAAGACUUCAUGUAGACUGCAAAUUAUUUGCAUCCUCAAUCAUAGCAUUUCUGGCCAUCAAUCAUCAUAAAGUAGAAGGUCUAGUUUUAGACAAAAAAAGUUGCCUUCGGGGAUGGGAAGAUCAUGGCGGUAACGACCCUGCCUCUAAUUGCAGACGCGGGUGCGGCAGCGGAGCUGAACGGUGCUACAGUCGUGACCCGUCGGAAUUUUCGUCCCUCCGAUGGCUCGCUAGUAGCACUUCCGACACGAUACGCGCACAACAAGCGCGGCAGGGGAGGUGCGAGGAAUGAUAACGCAAUGCUUCUUGGUGGGGCGCCGGACAACGAGGGCAGCAACACGACACCGGAUGACGAUGAAGCCGAUGCGACAGAUCAGAACGACUUGCGGCCAGCAGCAACGAUGCAUCCAGUGUUGGACGGAUCUGUUACCCUUCUGGAUGAAGACCAAGAGCGGAGAGCCGCUCCAAAUGCCUUGGACACGCAUCGGAUCAAGCGAUUUGCCGUUACGAGUACCACACGCGAAUUAAUGAAGAUACUAAACAGACGCACCGAGCAGCGGUCAGAAACUACGCAAGUAGAGACGGAGAAGGAUAACGUCUCGAAACCAGUCGCAGCGCAUCCGACCGUGCCUGAGGCAUUGACGUUAAGACGAUAAAGCCAUGAUAGCAGUUGAGGUCUUAUGUUUUUGCUUAUCUGGGGUGAUAUUAGAGCUUACACAUACAAAUAUUACUCUACAAUUAGAUGCACAUGAUAGGUUCGCACGCUGCUCAGCUGGCUCUUCUAACAAGUGAAAUCCUUGAAAAGCACGGACGGCAUCUAGUCGUUGAUGUUUACGAUUACGUUCCAGGAUGUACAGUUUCAGCAAGCUCUGCUGCCGAGGGGACUGCAGGAAGUGUAGUUAAAAAGCGACCUCUUUCCGGACACGCCAACGUAAAAGUUACCUAUAGAGCAAGCAAGCAUGCGCCGAGAAAUGAGCCAAUUGGGAUUCUGGCGUUGUAUCCAACUGGGAAUUUUAUGGAGCAUUAUGGUACUCCCGCAACUGGUGGGAAGGCAAGAGCAGACUCUCCCAGUAGCGCCCAAGAACGAUCGAGGCCAAACGACGAUGUAUCUUCAGCGUCUACUUCAUCACCAUCGCAGUCAUCUUCGCCGCAACCACUAGCAGCAGCCGAACUAGCGCCUAGGCCUUCUUGGUGGUCAUGGGGAUCAGAUGGAGAUGAAAAUCCUCCCCAAGUUGCCAUGUCGCUGACGCACACAAUUCUAGCUUUGUCACUGCUCGAGCUCUUGGCACGAGAGCGGCCGGCGCUGGCGUCGGAUGUUGUGGUUACCUUCAGUCCGGAUGUCACGCGAAGGGGAGUCGGCGUCGACCGGUUGCUGGAGGAGGGCGUCUUCAUGCGGGACCCGUCGAUGGCAGACGCCUAUCACUCUUAAGAAUGUGAUGCGCAUAAGUAAGCGUAAGCUUUUUUGCUCUUGAUGAUGUCUUUGCUUAAUGUUAAUCAUGUUGAACUUUUUUGCCACGAGGGAGAAACCUCUAAUAUUCGGACAAGCUGAUGCCACUAGCGAGCAGUAGCGCUGGCACACCAGCCGCUGCAAGGUCCGGCGCGCUUGUUUAUCUGCAAGGUGGCGGAGGACAGCCGGUUUGCGGAAGCAUGGGCACUUUCUUUUGGAAGUUAGAGGUCACAGGACAAAACGCUCCUGCAGGGAAGCCGCAAGAAGCGAUUAACGCACUCGAGUUGACUCACACAGCACUCGAUAAGAUUCAAGCCAGCUUCUACAACGAGUUCUCAAGGUAUCUAUGUAUACUUCUCAGAACGGCGCUUGUUUUUGUUAGCGUUCUGUGUCUAUUCCUUCAUCAUCAUCAUCAUCAUCAUCAUCAUCAUCAUCAUCAAGAGACUUCAGGCCAGUGCGAUGCUUGACAUUUUUUCUUGAACUAUUUCGAUUUCACGGCCUGAGUGAGGAUGGCAAUAACAAAGUUAUUACAAAAUGAUAAUGAUUAUUUUUAUCAUGUAAGGUUCAGUGGAUUGGAUCGUCGCUACGGUUUCGAAGCUUCAAGUACGAUGAAACCGACGCAGAUUACAUGCGAUGGUACCGGUGAAACGAUACCCGGUAAGUGCACUGCCAUCGGAGAUAUUCGUCUAUCACCUUUCGUGCGUGUAGAGGAGGCCCGUCGGAAGGUGAGAAAUAAGAAUUUUUGAUCAAAGAUUACAAAAUUACAACAUCAACAAUUUUUUUUUCCGUUGUACUUAUCAUGUUUUGGUCGAAUAAGAAGUAUGAGGUGUAGAGGCUCUAGUUCUAUGAUUUCGAUCAAGGUUAGUUAGUAGACACAUUGUUUUCGACCAUGGACGGAGGUAUUAACAAAAAAGGCGUCACUAUUAAUUUAUUCAAUCAGAUAGAGAGCGUGAUAACGAAACUGAACGAGAAUGUCGGCAAAUUGACCGGGCGUGGGCCGCAUAGCCGAUUCGAAUUAUAUCGGCACGAAAUGAAUGGCGGCGCUGUUGCGGUAGAGGCAAAUCGCUUAGGGCGCUUAGAAUUUUUCUGGCUGCAUCCUCGACGAGAGGCUGAACUGAACGAGGGCUUUGUUUGCCAGCACCGAACUCCAGGUCACUUCGCUCUCGUACAGGCCGCUCGGGAAGGACGCAUGGCAGCGUUGGGCAAGAGCACAAGUGUCGAAGAUGAGAGAUCAACAACAGCCACAUCAAAUCUCGCUGAUGCCAUGGGCGCGUCUUCAUUCUCCUCUGGCGCCUCUACUACAGCUACAGACAGCAGCACUGGUGGAGGUUUAUUUUCUGGUACUGCGAGCACUAGAUAUCGUCGUGGCGGCAGAAGUGAACCUCAAGCAACAGCAGCAGUAGGAGGGCAAGCAGCGCUAGCGGGCAAAGUCUAUCCACAUUCGAUUGGUGGGAGCUUGCGAUUUGCCAAGUUGCUGCAGGCUUUCGGAAACGAUGUCCAGGUGAUCGGGUUUGAGGGACAUCAGACACUCUCCGCACUGAACGCUGACUUUCGUGUCCUAGUUCGUCACGUUGCACUAUUAGAGAUGUUUUACCGAACAGGAGUCCUAUUGCAACUCUAGAGCAAACAAAGCUGGGCAAGUUCCGUUUUACCGAAAUUACGUGAUUGUGAUAUUACGAUAGGUAAAUCAAUUCAUUGUAUUUGUAAAACCUUUCUCCCCACACUCGCUUUUUCAACAGCACCGAUUUUAUGCGUUUUGCGUUUGCCUUUCUUGUUUUCCUCUUCGGUAUCCUGCUCUAGCUGCGCAGUUAACAAAAAAAUAUGAGUAUCUACGUAAUCUAUGUAUCUAUAGGAAUUCAUUGGAGAGCUACAGGCAGGAAUCUAGCGAUUGCAUUGCCAGUUUUUGGUAUCGUUUCUCUAACCUCCUGACCUCCUUCUCUAAAAAUGAUAUCCUUCGGUACUUGCCUCUUUCGAUUUCAAGUUUGAGAAAAUAUGCCGUCAAAGACAACCACUGCGAAACAUCUUUACUUUUCUCUUUUUCCGCCGCACCUGUUCUGAAACUCCUAAGUAACGGGGGUCCAUAAGAAAAGGGCAGUAGGAUCACUAAGCACUGUCUUAUAGUUGUCUGAUCUUUUUCUGAAUAAGAGUGAUCUGUUCUGAAGUAGAGACCAAAAUAUUUGUUAAUUAUUCAUUUUAUUGUCGGCCAAUAUUUUCAUUCGUUCUGAUGCUUAGUGUGGUUGUCGUAUUAAGCCCUCCGGUUCCACCUCGACCUUUUAAAAUCCCUUGUGUAAAUUUGAUGGUUGUAGGUGGUUUCUUGGUGGAUGCUUUUUCGAGAAACGGAUCAGGAAUGGAAAUAGCGACCGCUGUGGUGUAAGGUUUGAAGGUCCUUGUGCUUGAUAACUUACGCUACAUUUGUUUUACUACGACCCUUGUCGCCCCUACUCACUGAUUUAU